AUGAGUAACGGGUCGAGGCAUCUGGUGGCGGAAUGGCAUGCGCUAUGGCUGGUCCAUUUCUUUUUCCUGUGGAAUACAAUACAGGGGCAAAUUCGCUACACCAUUCCAGAGGAACUACAGCAGGGCUCUGUUGUUGGAAAUAUAGCGAAGGACCUGGGUUUUGGAAUUUCGGAGAUUUCUGAGCGCAAGCUGCGGAUCGCCUCCGAGGGUAAGCAGUAUUUCAGUGUGGAUUUGGGAAAGGGAGAGCUGAUCGUGAGCGAGAGAAUCGACAGAGAGACUCUGUGCGGACAAAGCGCGAGCUGUGUGUUACCCUUGCAGGUCGUCAUUGAAAAUCCCUUGCAACUGCAUCGUAUUGAAAUUGAAAUACAGGACAUAAAUGACAAUGCCCCAAAUUUCAUCACGAUCAAGAGUAUAUUAAAAAUACCUGAAUCUGUUAUUCCCGGAGCGCGAUUCCCUCUUGAAAGUGCACAGGACCCCGAUGUUGGCACAAACAGUUUACGUUCAUACACUCUAAGCACCAGUGAAUUUUUCCGUUUAAAUGUUAAAAAUCUUGACAAUGCUGGAAAGGUGCCCGAGUUGAUUAUAGAUAAAGCACUAGAUAGAGAAAAGCAGUCGGUUCACCAGCUUGUGUUGACAGCAUUAGAUGGAGGAAAUCCGGUAAAAUCAGGGACUGUUGUGAUUAAUGUUGCCGUUCAAGAUGUCAAUGACAAUGCGCCAAUUUUUGAUCAGACUAUUUACAAAACAUCUGUUAGCGAAAAGGCAGAGCCUGGGGCGGUUAUACUAAGACUCAAAGCUACUGACUUAGACGACGGUCCAAAUGGGGUGUUACAAUAUUAUUUCGGACCGCAUACGUCAGACACGGUACAGACCACCUUUAGCAUCUGUCCAGACACAGGAGAAGUAAGUGUGAUUGGAAAACUAGACUACGAGGAGAGUAAAUCGUACACGUUUAAUGUCCUCGCCAAAGACCAAGGCCUCCCGGAGCUGGAAGGGCAUUCCUCUGUGCAGAUAGAUAUUGUGGACGAGAACGACAACCCGCCCGAAAUCAUUCUCACAUCACUGUCCAGUCCGGUCCAGGAAAACGCAUCUGUUGGAACUGUCGUAGCUUUGAUCAAUGUAAAAGAUCCUGACUCCGGCGACAACGGCAAGGUUGAUCUGCAUGUAUCCCCGGAAACCCCGUUUAAACUGAAGCCGUCUUUCGAGAAUCAUUACUCUUUGGUAACGGACUCUAGGUUAGACCGUGAGGUUAAUCCGGAGUAUGAAGUAGAAAUAGUAGCCUCUGACUUCGGUUCCCCUUCCCUCCAAACCAAGAAGCUUGUCACUGUUAAAGUGCUGGAUGUUAACGACAACCCCCCGCUCUUCUCACAGCCUUCGUUUAACGUGUAUAUCAAAGAAAACAACGCCGCUGGCGCCUCGCUUUGUUCUGUGUCUGCAUCUGACGCUGACCAGGACAAAAACUCACUGAUAUCCUACUCUAUUGUGGACUCUUCCUUGCAAGGUGUUCCCACGUCGUCUUAUUUUUAUAUUAAUUCCGAAAAUGGCACGAUAUACAGUCUAAAUUCAUUUGAUUAUGAAAAAAUAAAAGUGUUUCAGAUUACAGUGCAGGCAAAGGACCACGGCUCUCCGUCACUGAGCAGUAACGCCACUGUUCAUGUUUUUAUCCUGGACCAGAACGACAACGCCCCCGCUGUUAUUUACCCCUCUGCUAUCAUGGGCUCUGUCUCUCAUCAGAAGAUGCCCCGCUCUGCUAAAGCGGGACACCUCGUCACCAAAGUAACGGCAGUGGACGCCGACUCGGGCCACAACGCCUGGAUUUCCUAUAAGGUGGUGGAGGCUACAGACGCGUCUCUGUUGGGUGUGAAUCUUUAUACAGGGGAGGUGAGGACUAAGCGCGCAGUUUCAGAGCACGAUGACUCCUCUCAGAGGCUGCUUAUAGAGAUUAAGGACAAUGGAGAGCCGGUCCAGUCCACUACAGUCACAGUUGGCAUAUUGUUGGAGGACGGGAUCCAUGAGCCCAUCUCAGACUUUCGACAGAAAGCGCAGGAGCCCGGAAAGAAAAGCAAUAAAAUCACCUUUUAUUUGAUCAUUUCUCUGGCCUCUGUUUCCGCUGUAUCUUUUGUGACUUUUGUCAUCUUGGCAGUGAAAUGCGUUAGACACAGCCGAAGGGGCCCGUGUUGUUGUAUGAGACGAGCGGACUCUGACGGAUACGAGAAUCCCAACAGAAACCUGCAGAUCCAGCUGAACACGGACGGGCCCAUUAAAUAUGUGGAGGUCCUGGGAGGGGACAUGUCUCAGAGCCAGUCCUUCAGGUCCUGCUUCUCUCCGGUGUCAGAGUUCAGUGAUUUCACCUUCGUUAAGCCAAGCAGCACCACUGACUUUAAGGAGAUGAUUAAUGUCAUCGAUGCUUCUCUGCCUGACAGCGCGUGGACGUUCGAAGGUCAGCAGGUGAGGAUUGGUAAUAGAAUGGGCAUCUGUGCAUAA